AUAUAGCUAUUAGCUAACCAACUGCAUUGAGUGUUCUCUGACUAAAAGACUAAGAAAUAUAUCUCUCUUGGCGCACUUUCAUCUGAUAAGACAGCAGCAAAGGCUUAUGUAUGUGGCCCAGUACUGUGAUUCACCUACUUAAAGGGAGAGUGCACAGUCGUGUUUAAAAUUGUGUGGUGGCAAUAUAUCAGUUACUCACCCACAUCAAUAUGUGAAUCUUAUCUGCCGUGUGAGUGUUGGCCUGUGAUAAGAGACAGGUACCGGCUAAUCUGCAGUUGUCGGCCAUAUGGGGACACAUAUUUAGAAAGGGCGAUUCGGUUCCAUUAAGCUGAAAUACUCGCACGUUGUCGGCAGUCGACAGUCGAGCAGAGAGAGCCCCAUUACUUUAGUCACAGCGAUUUAGCCAUGAGCAGCGACAACCACUUUCAGUACGAUGCGGAGGCGGACAAGAGCUUUGCCUUCGAUGACCAGAGCAUCCGGAAGGGAUUCAUCCGGAAGGUCUACUUGAUACUGAUGUGCCAAUUGCUGAUCACUUUUGGUUUCGUUAGUGUGUUUACCUUCUCGAAAGCCUCCCAGGAAUGGGUACAAAAAAAUCCGGCACUCUUUUGGAUAGCUCUUGCCGUUCUUAUCGUGACCAUGAUAUGCAUGGCCUGCUGCGAGGGUGUUCGUCGCAAGACGCCUCUGAACUUCAUCUUUCUCUUCCUGUUCACGCUCGCCGAGUCCUUCCUCCUGGGAAUGAUCGCCGGGCAGUACGAGGCCGAUGAGGUCCUGAUGGCAGUGGGAAUUACGGCAGCCGUGGCCUUGGGUCUCACUUUAUUUGCCCUGCAGACCAAGUACGACUUUACCAUGUGCGGCGGAGUUCUGGUGGCCUGUCUGGUGGUCUUCAUCAUUUUCGGAAUCGUUGCCAUCUUCAUUCCUGGCAAGGUGAUCGGACUGGUCUAUGCCUCCCUCGGAGCGAUUCUCUUCUCCGUUUACCUGGUGUACGAUACCCAGUUGAUGCUGGGUGGCAAUCACAAGUACUCCAUCAGUCCCGAGGAGUACAUCUUUGCCGCUCUGAACCUCUAUCUGGAUAUUAUUAACAUCUUCAUGUACAUUCUGACCAUCAUCGGAUUGUCUCGCAGUUAGACGGGUCACGAUGAUCCAUAGUUUCCAUUUGCAGUUUUAGAGAUAUUUAACUUAAUUUUAUGUGCCAAGAGCCACGAAGAAAUACAGACCGACUAACUAUAUCUAACCCUA